GCAUUGGACAUUGUUUAGCUGCACAACUUGAAACUUGCGCUUUUCAUAGGAGUAUGUUCUCUGGUCAGCAUAGAGAUAUUUUCUCUGACCGAGUGUGUGAAAACUGUCGGGAAUUAUCUGAAGACGUUCACUGUACUUGCAUUUCCAAUAUCAAACGGUCAAAGCCGUCCUCUGAUACUAGCACGCCUGUCGAUCAAAAGAAAAAGCGCCUGCAUAAUAAUAGUUCUCCAGUUUCUAUGGAGAAGAAAAACUGCAUUGAUACAUUUACUUCUUGGUCAAAUGGAGACCAAGUUGACUUCAUUUGCAACCUGUUGUCGAAAAUUUCUCACUUUCAACAAAGUCAAAUCAAUGAUUUCCUAGAACCUCUCCUAAAGCGUGAUUUUAUUGUUGCGCUCCAAAAUCGCGGUGUUCCUUAUCUUGCUGAAAUGAUUUUAGUCCAGCUAGAUGCAUCUAGUCUUCUUUCAGUUGAACUCGCUUCUAGAGGAUGGCAGUGGAGUGUUGCAAAGUAUCAACUGUGGCGUCGUCUACUAGCUUGUCGUGUAGCUACUGAUCCAGUUUGGCAUGGGCUCUGUGAACGUAGAGGAUGGAUUGAAUUUAUUGACCACUCUGAUCCAGCUUAUUUACCUGCAUUGCUCGAGCGACGUCGGGUCCCCAUAGGUGUUAGGCAUAAACUAACCGAAUUCUCCCCAUUCCUUGAUAGUAAUUCUUGCAUGGAAUGUGAAGCAUCAAAACUUUCUCCGAAACUAGAAUCAACUGUUAGUGUACAUCGUCAGCAAUCUCUAGUAUGCCAGUGUCAUUCAGACAUUCAACAUUCCUUAAUAUAUCCUACUGAUACACACUCCUACGUAUCGAGAACUCAAAGUAUCCCAUUUUCAAGAGAUUCUACAACUGAUGCAUCCAACACACCUAGUUGUUCUUUAAGCCCAUAUAAUACGAAUGAUGGAUUAAAUCAUCGGCUUGUGAGUGCAACUUCUUUUUCCAUGGAGACAGAUCUACAUGAUGCACUCUCUUACGAAACAGUUAUGUUUGCCCAUCGCUUCUACAAACAACUUUAUCCUCGCAUAAUUCGUGAUAUAGCACGCGUCGAAGAUAACUGGACCCGUGGUCAGUAUCAUUUAACUCGGAUACCAUGUCGAAGCGAUGUGACAAAAGGCGUUUAUUGUCUUCAGUAUGAUAAGCAUAAAAUUGUUAGCGGUCUAAGAGAUGAUACCAUUAAGGUGUGGCAAAGAAUUCCAAACAUUUGUGCAAUCAAUAAAAGUAAAGGAUCUAGUUCUGAUUGUACUACUACUCCCAAUCCUGAUGAGUCUGGGCAUAAAGUCAGGGUGAGAAGUGACGCUCCUACGGCUGCGGGAGCAGCUGUUGAAGCACCAAAUCAAGAAGGUUUCAAUGCAGCAACAUGUUCCGACGGUUACCAUUGUACACAAGUCCUUGAAGGACAUUCAGGUUCCGUUUUAUGUUUGCAAUACAUCGGGAAUUUGCUGAUCAGUGGUUCCAGUGAUACAACAGUUCGUUUAUGGGAUUUAUCCACUGGAUGCUGUUUAAAUGUUAUUAAUCAUCAUGCUGAAGCUGUGCUGCAUUUACGGUUUCGCAAUAAUAUUCUAGUAACAUGUUCAAAAGAUCGCAGUAUUGCAGUAUGGGAUAUGGGUCCUUGGCCAAAAGAUGUUCAAUUACGUCAAGUUCUUGUUGGACAUCGAGCUGCUGUUAAUGUUGUUGAUUUCGAUGAUAAGUACAUUGUUUCAGCUAGUGGUGAUCGUACAAUCAAAGUUUGGGCUACGGAUACAUGUGCUUACGUGCGUACAUUGACAGGUCAUCGUCGAGGUAUUGCUUGUUUACAAUAUCGUGAUCGAUUAGUGGUUUCCGGAAGUUCCGAUAAUACAAUCCGUAUUUGGGAUAUUGAGACUGGUGUAUGUUUCAGAGUUCUUGAAGGACAUGAAGAACUAGUAAGGUGUAUCCGCUUUGACUCUAAACGUAUUGUGUCAGGUGCAUAUGAUGGAAAAAUUAAAGUUUGGAAUUUAAAAGCUGCACUCAAUCCUCGUUCUAAACCAAAUCAAUUAUGUAUUCAUACAUUACAACAGCAUACUGGUCGUGUGUUUCGUUUACAAUUUGAUGAUUUUCAAAUUGUUUCAUCAUCACAUGAUGAUACUAUUUUAAUAUGGGAUUUUGCACGACCAGCUACUGGAAGUGAAGAACGUGAUGAUGGAUUUGAUGAUGGAAUAAAUGCUGCAUUAGCAUCACAAAAUAAUUGUCUCUGUUCAUUAAGAUCAGCUGCUGUACAAUGUCAUGUACAAUCAGAUAAUAAUAUUAAUACUGGAGGUGGCUGUAGCAGUAGUAGUCAUACUAAUACUAAUAAUAAUAAUAACAACACAAACGACAAAAAUAACUUAACACUUGUCUCCAUUGAUAACAAGAAUAGUGUUACUGCUUCCAAUUCCACUACUACUAUUACUAAUGCUAACAUCACCACCAUUACCACAUCUACUAUUAGUGGUAAUAAUAAUCCUAAUGAUAAUUUCAGCAAUUCUAAUAAUUCCAUUAUGAAUCCAUCCAAAUCUAGUUUUAUCUCAUCAACUAAUAGAAAAAUUUAAAGAGAAAAACAAAUUAAAUUGGUAUCAACCCACCAAUAUUUCACAUUUAUCAUUAAUUCUAAUUUAACUUGCACAGUAAUUUCUUCUUCUUAAUUUCUGUCUCUUCUCUCGAUGUUCAUGCUUCUACUAUUCAUGUUUAUCUUUGAAUUUGACGAUGAUGUUGAGUAUUUAGUUAUUUUUACUCAUGCAUAUAUAUAUCGGCCUAUUGUUACUAUUAUCAAUAUUAUUACUGUUACUUUCGGUUGUGUUAUUUUACAACUUCUCGGUAAAAUGAUUAGUCAGAACAUG